CUGCCCGCUCCUAUUCCCUAAGAACGCGAGCGUCCGCCCAUCCCUAUCCCCCAAAGAACUCCUCUUUAUCCAUUGACGGGAGCCGGCAGGAGUCUAAAUCCGUACCGGCUGCUGGAGCGCGAGGAUCUCAUAUCGCCCGGAUCCCAGGCCAUGGACUGCCCACUUUGCAAAAACCCGCCUGCCGUAUGUGGAGAUCUCGACGGACCGCCCUGCCACAUUUCAGUUCCAAUGACAACCUUCUAUUGGGUUGAAGCUUUUGUCCCAUGCUGCAACAGGCGUGUGAUCGGGUCAUGCAUUGAGCAUAUGCGGUCCAUUGCUGCCAAAGAGAAUAAGCCCAUGUGCAGUACGAUCUUUGUAACCAGAGAACUACUGGAGUAUGAAGUGUUGAUUGAUCAUGGAGCUAAGAAGACUAGGAUUCAUGGUGAUGGCUGGCAUAGGUUUCUUGAUGAGUAUGUCGUGCAGCCUGGCGACAUGAUAUAUAUCUGCCUCCCCCGAGGCAAUGGAAGGUUUUUUGUGGAUGUCGUUAGAGAUGGCGUGAGGCAGAAGCCGCUUCCUUAUCUUGCUUCGAAUGGCCUGUCACUCAUGAAGCGUGAGCUCAUCGACAAUUGCGUUUACACCAGGAGUGUACCUCGUUUUGAAUAUUCAGAGAUGACAAAGAUGAUCAUGUGUGCAUUCGGUGGUUUAGAAGACGUGUGUUGCAUUUUUGUGCACAAGAUGAAUGGCGUUGACAUUAAGGACGGCUACAUGGAUCCCAAAGAAAGCCGUUAACCUCAUUGAGAGCAAUGCGGGCGUCUUGGAGAAUUCAGGCAUCAUCCUUCUGCAUGAUGAUGUAGGAGCUCAUGUAACGGCAUCGUUCAAGAAAUCAAAAGAUGGCAGGCUCAUCAUUCAAGGAGGUUUUCGAAAGUAUGUCGAAAAUCUCGAAAUAAAGGAAGAUGAUAUUGUGGUCAUCACUUUUCACAAACGCGCUGGUUCUGCGUCCGUGACCGUCCGGGUGUGCAUCUUAUUCUAAAACACCUAUGUUGUGCUAGUGUCUGUUUAAGGCAUCUUAUUAGUCCCUAUGUGCCUUCUCGCUGAUCGUGCGGCAUCUCAAUGCCUGCUCUUUUGUGAGAACUCAUGAACCUGGAACCUGUAGCCUUCUGUGUGUGGUAUGUGACUAUGUGACCUUUCCACCUAUGCA